UUAAGUCUUGUGUCAUAAAGCAGAAGCUGGAAAACCAGUGAGAUCUGCUGCAGCCUCUUCAUGUCCCAAGUCCAAGUCUGUCAGGCUUCAAAUAAUUGCAGGACUUGAGUGACUCAUGGGAGGAGAAGAAGGAGGAGGAGGGACCACAGAUUUCGAAUAAAGGAGGAACCACUAACAGCUCCAAAUACUGAGGAAGGGCAAAAAGUCACUCCUCCUUAAUCUGCUUGGGAGCUGUCAGAGAGAGGCAUCUUCUCACAGAUAGAAGUAGUGACUGCUGGCUUUAACACAGUUGUACAGGAGUUUAAAGAUAUUUACUCUUCAAAAGAUACUACAGUAUAUCAAAAAAGGAGUUCUGGGAUAUAUGUAGCCAACAUUUUCAGCACCUGACUGAAGAACAACAUAAGACAAGCAUCUCCAGCUGAAGAGUCCUCCAGACUAGAUUCUGUCUACACUCAAGAAGCAGCAAAGGGACACAGGAGCUAUUUUAUACUUAAAAGAACCUCAGGCAACUGAAUAAAAAAAAUCUCGAUAGAAACUGUCAUCCAUAAUAGCAACGAGAAACAGUCCUGAGGAGCUUCAUUUAUAUAAACAGCAGCCUUUGUUUUGAGAAUCUUUGGAACACCUUGGAUGUCUGUGAUAGUGGACAGUUAAAAUAACAGGACUUUCUUGAAGAAGUUCAGCUCUGAACUUGUAACAAUACCAUCAAGCACUCCCAACAGCCAACUCAUUCUGCAACUUCUACCAAGUCAGCUACUACUUGUGCAGUGCAUGAUCCACACAUGUCUUCUCAGGCUGAACAUCCCAAGACGUCAUCUUCUCCAGUGCAAAACAGCAUACCAGCAUCCAGUUGUCCUCAGAAAAGAACUUUUUCUGCGUGUGACCUUAACUGCAAAACAAUAGAAAAUAAGAUAAGAAAGAAAAUCAAACAUUCCUGGAAACGGAUACUGAAAGUGUGCAAAGAGAAGGAUAUCAGCAAUGUAGGAGAAAUCCCAGUGUCAGACUUCCUAGAUAUAGCAGGGAAGUUCAAUUUGGAUUUAAGCGAAGGGGAGAGUAACCAAAUAACAGCAAAAUAUGAUUCCAAGAAAAAUGGAACAUUUGCAUACUAUGACUUUCUUCAGAGUUGUGUCUUGUUCUUAAAACCAAAGGAAACCUCACUGAUGAAGAGGGUGAUUAUACAGAAGCCACAAAAGCCGCUGAGUCCUGGACCACAAACCACAUCAUUUUUCAGUGCAACGCUGAGAAUUCAGCCCAAGAUCCUGCACUGCUGGAGACCAAUGGAGCGAACUUUUAAAUCCCAUGAUGAAACUCGUAGCGGUCUGUUAAAUGUUUCAGAUUUCAAACAAGUUCUUCAUGACUACAACAUUGACCUAGCUGAAGAGGACUUAUUCAACAUUUUGGAAUACUAUGAUAAAAAUUUGACUUCAAAGAUAUCCUAUUAUGAUUUUCUCCAGGCAUUCAUACAGUAGGAUUUGGUCAAAAGCAAAAAAAUCCAGAUAAAGACAGUAACUGAUUUACAAUUUCAAAUUUCAAACUAAUAAAUUAUUUGACUAUA